CCGGAGAGGUUACUGGUUAGCCCUUAUCAUCAAGCAGGAGCGCGAGAAGAGAGCGAACGAGGAUGGCGGGAAUGGCUGCCCUCCGGUUCUCUUCCCGCUCGGCACCUACUUCUCUUCCGAUGCUGCGCUCUGGAUUCCCGAUGAAGGCUCGGAUCCUCGCCCCAAUGCCCCUUCGAUCCAGAUUCCCAAGAAUUUACGCGUUCUCGAGCAAUGACAUCAAAGUGGGUUCAAAUAUUGAGGUGGAUGGAGCGCCUUGGAGAGUUUUGGAGUUUCUUCAUGUAAAACCUGGGAAGGGAGCAGCUUUUGUGAGGACUAAAGUACGUAAUUAUAUCACUGGCAACACAGUUGACAAAACUUUUCGAGCUGGCAGCACGAUAGCUGAGGCAAAUGUUAUUAAAGAGACUAAACAGUACACUUACAAGGAUGGCUCUCAGUAUGUGUUCAUGGACCUGGCUUCAUACGAAGAAAGCCGCUUGAAUGAAGCAGAAGUUGGUGACAAAAAGAAGUGGUUGAAAGAGGGAAUGGACUGCACUUUGUUAUUUUGGAACGGACGGGUUAUUGAUUUUGAACUUCCCAUCACUGUUAAGCUAACUGUGGUUGAUGUAGAUCCUGGUUUGAAAGGAGAUACUGCACAAGGAGGAUCAAAACCAGCUACACUAGACACAGGAGCUGUGGUGAAUGUUCCGCUGUUCAUAAAUACUGGCGAAGAAAUACUAGUGGAUACAAGAACUGGGCAAUACAUGAGUCGCGCAUAAGUAGCUUCAGAAUUCUUCCUUGUUACCCAAAUUUUGUUGUGAAGUUUACCUGCUUUUACUGAUCUUUCACGCUAUUCAACAAUGAAAACGAAAAUUGUCUUUUUUGA